CGUUCUGCCCAUGCGCAGGGCGUACUACCGGUGCGCGCGCAAGAGCGCGGGGUGCGCGGCGAAGAAGACGAUCGACUUCCCCAUCCGAUGGGGGCUGGACAUGCGCGUCACGUACAGCGGCUCGCACGCGCACGGCCUGCCGCCCAGGCUGCAGCGCGAGGUCUUCACCUACGCCACCACGCCCGCCCAGCUGCCGCCCAACAUCUCCGUGCCGCCCAACGUGCUCGCUGCUGCGGCAGCCAACGCUGCGACAACCGCUACUGCUGCCGCCAGUGCUGCUGCCGGCGCUGCUACCUCUGCUGCUGUGUCUGCUGAUUCCAAUGCUGCCACCGCUGGCCCUUCCCCCACCUCUCGCCCGCUCUCCGCUCCCCCCACCCCCACUGCUGCUGCGCCGCUGCUUCCUGCUGCGCCCACUCACCCUGCCGCAUCUGCCUCCCCCGCUCUCGCCUCACCUGUGAUCAGCGCCGCUGGUAACCAGGCCCAUGUGCCUGGUAACCAUGUAACAGGCAACACGGUGCAUGUGUGCAGCCCUGCUCACCACGUUCCGUCACAGCCGCCCCAGCCGCCGCCUCUCUUCCUAUCGCCGCAGCAACCGCAGCCGCAGCAACAUGAGCAGCAGCGACACCAGCAGCAGCAGCAGCUGCAAGCAGCACAACCGUACCGUUUCAGCCCCAUACGCCAACCACCCAUGCCACCCAACCCAAGCCUCACCUCCCCUGCCGUGCCGGGACAGCUCCCCCACGCCGCCACUGCUGCUGCUGCUGGCGCUGCUCAUGCUGCGGUGCAUCAGGCACCGCCACAGCAACACUUGCAGCAGCAGCAACAGCAGCAACAACAGUUCCAGCAGCAGCAGCAGUGGCAGCAACAACCACAACAGCAAUGGCAGCAACAACCACAACAGCAAUGGCAGCAGCAGCAGCAACAACAACAGCAAUGGCAGCAGCAGCAGCAACAACAGCAAUGGCAGCAGCAGCAGCAGCAGCAACAGCAAUGGCGGCAGCAGGAGCAGCAAAUUCACGUGCAACAUCAGCAGGAGCAGGAGCAGCAGCAGCUCACCGCCUCACCUGCGCCUGUGUCUUCACUGCCCCCCCCAGGCAACUUCAUGCUGCCGCCGCCCGUCUUUGCUGCCGGCAGCCCUGGCACCAACCCGGCUCCUUCCAGUGCAGUCGCCGCUUCCACCUUUCGACCCGUCACCGCCUCUCCCUCCUUCCACCAAUGGACGCCCACUGCUGCCGCUGCCACUGCUGCCGCUGCCGCUGCUGCUGCUGCUGCCGCACCCCCUUCCAUGCAACCCUCCUCAUGCGGAUGUGGCCAACCGGCUCACCAUCCGCCAUCACAGCCCAUGCCCAUCAACGCCCACCGCACGGCCUUGCCGCCCCAAAACGCACAGACCGCGCCCCAAUACAUGCCGAUGCCGCCCCAGCCCGUGCAGAUGCCGCCCCAAAACACCCCGAUGCCAUCUCAACCCUCACCCGUGCCUCCCAGCUGCACCUGCCCCCACCACCACCAGCACCACCAGCACCAGCACCACGACCAGCACCAGCAGCCGUGCUCCCAUCCCCCCUCCGCCUUCGCCCCUCCGCCCUCACCUGCUCCCCCCAGACCUGUUGCUGGUGUGCUGCAUGCGCCUUGUGGUGGCAAUGCGUGCUGCAGUGGCGGCAGCGGCACAGUGGAACAGCAGUACCAGCACGGCACGGCGACUCAGCAGGGGAUGGUGAGUGCAGGAGGGCAGCAAUCCCUCCCAUCACCCUCUCCCCUUCUCCGCUUACCCCUCUCCGUGCCGCCCCCCCCUCACGGCAGCAGCCCCGCCUGCUCCUUCUCCACGCCCCCGUGCGCCUCCUCCUCCACCUCGUCCACCCCCACUCUCUCCCUCUCCCCCCCGUGCGCCCCUCCCCCGCACCUCUUGCUCUGCGUGGGCGUCUCCCCCUCCCCCGUGCAGUCCAAGCGCCCCCUCAUGCUGCACGCAUCCCCGCAGCAGCAGCAGCAGCAGCAGCAGCUGCAGCCGCUGCAGCAGCAGCAGCAGCAGCAGGCGGCGCCACCACACAUGCAGCCCCUGCCGCUGCCGCAGCAAGCAGCUCCCCUGCAGCAGCACACGUGGCAGGGCAGCUCCCCUGCCCUGCUGCCUGCAGCAACGGCAGCACAGCCGGCAGGUGGGGUGUGGUCGGGGCAGCAGCCGUGCAUGCAGCAGCAGCCUGCGCCACAAUGCCCCCAACACUCCGCACUGGGUUGCCAAUACCAGCACCAGCACCAGCAGCAACAGCAGCACUACCAGCAGCAACAGCAGCAGCAGCAAGGGCUCCUCUCAGCUCCACGCUAUUUUGCUUCCCCUGCUGCUGCCGCUCCCACCCCUCCUGUGCAGACCGCACCGCACAUGGUAACCGUGGUUACCAAUCAGCAGGUGGUUACCACAGCACCCGGAGCAGGAGUAGCAAGGAGCCCCCAGGUGCACCCCAGUGCUGUGGGUGGGGGUAGGGGCGGGGGGGCGCCAGCACAGGCGGAGGGGCAGGCAGGAGCGGCGGCGGAGGGGGUGCGGCUGCUGGGGCAGUUCAUCCCGUCCCCCUCGCCCUCCCCGGGGGAUUCGCCCCCCAGCAGCCCGGGCAGGGGGGAACCGUCCCCCGCAUGUGUGGGCGACCAGAGGGGCGACCAGAGGGGUGUGGCCAAUGCACGGGUGAGGGAGUGUGGGGGGGGCGUGGUGCAGCAGUUGACCCCGCAGUUCGACGCUCAGUGUGGGGGGAAGGGGGGUGAUGCGCUGGCAGGCCAGGCGGGUGUGGGGGGAGCCCGAGAUGGUGCCUCACGGCGCAAGGAGGUGGAUCUGAACCUCUCUCUGUAGAUAGUGGCGCCAUUCUGUGACUUGUAACAUUCUUUUGGUGUAUGGCACGAUUGGUUUGACAAUGUGAGAUCAUACCA